AUGACGGCCGUCGACGACCACCACGAGCGCUUUAUGCGAGCAGCUCUGCAAGAGGGCGAACUGGCGCUGACCCGCGCCGAAGUGCCCGUGGGCUGCGUGUUCGUGUACCAGGACGCGAUCAUCGCCCGUGCGUCCAACCGCGUCAACGAGCUCUGCAAUGCCACGAUGCACGCGGAGAUUGUAGCGAUCGAGUCCAUUGCCGCCACGUACGGCGGUCGAGCAGACGCAGUGCUGUCCGAGUGCACGUUGUACGUGACGUGCGAGCCGUGCAUCAUGUGUGCGGGAGCCCUUGCCAACAUCUCGAUCCAGCGCGUGUUUUUUGGCUGCCACAAUGAUCGCUUUGGAGGCUGUGGCUCGGUGCUGAACUUGCACGAGCGCGGUGCACUGCCGAAUAGCGACGUGCAUCGCGGCUUCCCGUGUGUGUCAGGCAUCCUCAAAGACGAUGCGGUCACGCUGCUCCGGAAGUUCUACACAAGCGCAAAUCCGCGCGUAGAAGACUCGAAGAAGAAGAGGAAGAAUCGCGGCGCGGAAACCGACGCGAUUGCGACAAACGACAGCCAUAGUCAAGCAAAUGCGUGA